AUGGUCAGCACUUUCUGGACCAAACCUGCUGUAACUGAUGGAGAUCCACCGAACCUGUGUUUAGACCCAGAAAACAGAGGAAGAGUUCAGUGUGAGAGUGAAGAUAAAGACACUCACAGUAUCACUUUGACAAGUGUAACAGAAGCAGAUAAACACAUCUACUACUGCAGAUUCACUACAAACACUGAGAAUGGAAGAUGGACAGGGAUUCCUGGAGCUCAGCUGGACGUCACAGAUCUGCAGGUGGAGACAGAGCAGAGUGUGAAAGAGACAGAUUCAGUCACUCUGACAUGUAAAAGCAGCUGCUCUCUGCCUCAACAAACAACAUUCAUCUGGUUCAGAAACACACAGAGAUUAACUACAGGAAUCAUCACAAAGAAUCAGCUUCAGCUGCAGUCAGUCAGUCUUCAUGAUUCAGGAAACUAUCAGUGUGCUGUUUCAGGAGAGGAACAUCUGAAGUCUCCACCUGUUUAUCUUAAAGUAAGAUCGGGUGAUGGUCAGCAGGAUUGGGGAGUGAAUUACAGUUCUUCAUAUGUUUGUGCAUUAAAGGGGUCAACAGUGAAACUGUCCUGUGUUUUAAACUAUCCUCAUGAUCAUGAGCUCAAGACAGUCUUCUGGACCAAACCUGCUGUAGCUGUUACAGAAACCCCUGACCUGUGUUCAGACCUAGAAAAGAGAGGAAGAGUUCAGUGUGUCAGUGAAUAUAAAGACACUUACAGCAUCACUUUGACAAGUGUAACAGAAGCAGAUAAACACAUCUACAACUGCAGAUUCACCACAAACACUGAGGGUGGAAAAUGGACGGGGAUUCCUGGAGUUCAGCUGGACGUCACAGUUCUGCAGGUGGAGACAGAGCAGAGUGUGAAAGAGACAGAUUCAGUCAAUCUGACAUGUAAAAGCAGCUGCUCUCUGCCUCAACAAACAACAUUCAUCUGGUUCAGAAACACACAGAGAUUAACUACAGGAAUCUUCACAAAGAAUCAGCUUCAGCUGCAGUCAGUCAGUCUUCAUGAUUCAGGAAACUAUCGGUGUGCUGUUUCAGGAGAGGAACAUCUGAAGUCUCCACCUGUUUAUCUUCAGGUAGGAUAUCCUCCAAAGAGUGUCUCAGUGUCCAUCAGUCCGUCUGAAAUAGUGGAGGGAGAUUCAGUGACUCUGAUCUGCAGCAGUGACUCAAACCCUCCUGCUCUGAACUUCAGCUGGUUUAAGGAGAAUCAAAGCUCCUCUGUUGGAUCUGGACAGAGUUUCAUCAUCUCCAGCUUUAACUCCAGUCACAGCGGACGCUACUAUUGUGAGGCUCAGAAUCAACAUGGAUCUCAGAGAUCAGCGUCUGUUUCAGUCUCUGUUAAAGGGUUUCAGAGAGCUGCUCUGCACACAGUUACUGGGAUUGUGGUGGGAUGUGUAGUAUUCAUCUUCAUCAUCAUCAUUAUUGUGCUCAUGAGUAGAAAGAGGAAGAGAAUCGGUGGAAGUGAAGAUGUGAAUCAAAAGCAGGCGAGUCAGCAAACACACAUCUUCAUCUACAACUGCAAUAUUUGA